GGUUUCUAAUGGUGUUGAUCGACGAGCAAAACAUACACAUAGUUUUCAUGUUUAUGUCUAUUAGUUUAAAACGUGCAAUUAUCAUCAUUUUUUAUUGUUUCUUGUUCAAAUAGCUCAGUUAUGAUCAAAGCUAAAUGGUGGAAUAAGCGCAAAGCUAGUUAUCAAGGAGGAUCCAAACCCUUGUUGAAAAAACGCAGAGUAGUUUCCGAUAAACCAGACACUGAAGUAGUGAAAGUAAAUAAAAAGCAGUUCAAUAAGCCUGAGGAUCCCGUCGAUGAAGAAGCUGAAAUAGAAGUUCAAAACACGGUCGAAAAAGAGGAAGAGGUGAUUAAUCCAGUGGACCAACUCUUGACUAUUUUUGAAGAAACUAAGAAGGAAGCAGCCCGUAAAAAGUUAACGACUGAGUUGCGAGCCCAAAAAGGUCGAAAAACAAAGACAAAAAGAAAAUAACAAAGACCAAGAAAUAUCAAAAAUUACGAUUACACUAAUCAUUUGCUGAUUUUGCUAUACUCAAAAAGUUGUUUUGUUUUUUUACUAAAAGAGUUUUUUGGAAACUUUCGUGGCAUGCUGGAAGAAUGUUGUAUCUGUUGCACUCAGAACUUCAGAUUCCCACCAAAAGAUCAGAAGUUGAUCUUCAACAAGGAAAAUAAAUAGUGAUCUUCAAUUAAUUUAAACUUUUUUCUAGCAGGAUUUUGUCUGAAAAAUUCAAAGUACGGGCCUGAUUAAAUUCAACGAUCAUUAUGGGAAAAGAGUAAUAUAGUGGUAACAAUUCUGAUUUAUCCUUAAUUUAAUUUAUUUGUACUUAAAUUAUUUAUUUACGAUGAUUUACGAAUUAAAGCAUGCUUCUUUAGUAAUUUGAAA